ACACCCAUAAACAACAACCCAACAGGAAAGCCCAUUAUUACGCGCUCUCCGUUUCAAACCACCACGGAAAAGGAAACGAACCACCCCCGAAACCGAAAGGGCCCCCCCGUUCCAAAUCCACCGCCGCAGGCGCAGGGUCUAAGAGGAAAGAAGCAUCCCAAAAGAGAUCUUCGGGAGCGCGGAGCGCGUGUGCGGGGGGGAGAGGGCAAAAGGGGAAUGGUCGAGGCCGCCGCCGCGCGCUUCAUGGGUAAGGUCGAGGAGCAGUCGGCGGCCGCGGCCGCGGCGGACGACGACGAGGAUGUCGCCGGGAGCGUGGACGGCGACGAGGUGGAGCUGGAGCCCGUGGAGCCCAUGCCGGAGCCCCCCGACGACGCCGGCCCCGUCUGCUGGCCCAUGCCGGACUUCUGCCCUCUCACGAUCGACGGGGCGGUGAAGGAGUCCUUCCUGGAGACCCUGCGAAAGGAGAAGGACGCGGAGGAGCUGCUCGGGGAGGCCGAGCCGGAGCCGACGCCCAGCCCGGACUCGCGGCCGUCGAGCAGCAAGCGCCAGCGCGCCGUCACCGGGUCGCCGUCGUCCAGGAGCCCGUACAGCAGUCUCCUCCAGGUGUUCCAGCAGUGCAAGCAAGACGUUGCCUGAUGAGGAACAAAACCACAGUAAACAGGCCGUGAUGUCUCGGCUGCAGUUUUCCUUUCCUUGACUACGUACAAUAAUAUAUAUCGAUCUGUUCAUUACGACUUUGCCCUGGUGUAAGCUCCAGGAGAUGAUAGUUUUGUUCUGGUGUAAAAAUGGGAUACGAAUCUUACAAAUACAUUACGCCAUUAUGAGACUCUGAUUUUGGGAUGCUACUUUGGCAAUAUAUACAUGUUUUUACUCA